CCUAGAUUUGUUGCAAGCUUUAGGAAGGAGGAGAGCUGUUCUUCCUGGUGGGUUCCCGCAGACUGCUGGCUAGGGCUCAGAGAACCAGCCUCUUCCCUGGUGUCUCCUGAGCCCAGUCCCUCUUGGCCGUCACAUUGAUCCUGCCUUAUGGCGGCCCUCAUGGACCUCUCAUUUAUGUACCGCUGGUUCAAGAACUGCAAUCUGGUCAGCAAUCUCUCAGAGAAGUAUGUCUUCAUCACAGGCUGUGACUCUGGCUUCGGGAACCUGCUGGCCAAGCAGCUGGUUGAUCGGGGUAUGCAGGUGCUGGCUGCUUGCUUCACUGAGGAGGGAGCCCAGAAACUUCAGCAGGAUACCUCCUGUCGGCUGCGGACCACCCUACUGGAUGUCACCAAAAGCGAAAGCAUCAAGGCGGCGGCCCAGUGGGUGAGGGACCAAGUGGGCGAGCAAGGCCUCUGGGCCCUGGUGAAUAAUGCUGGUGUGGGCCUGCCCAGUGGUCCCAACGAAUGGCUGACCAAGGAGGACUUUGUGAAGGUGAUCAAUGUGAACCUGGUGGGACUGAUCGAAGUGACCCUUCACAUGCUGCCCAUGGUCAGGAGAGCCCGGGGCAGGGUUGUCAACAUGUCCAGCUCUGGUGGUCGUGUGGCUGUCAUCGGUGGUGGCUACUGCGUCUCCAAGUUUGGCGUCGAAGCCUUCUCUGACAGCAUUAGGCGUGAGCUCUACUACUUUGGGGUGAAGGUCAGCAUCAUUGAGCCAGGGAACUACCGGACAGCCAUUCUGGGCAAGGAGGGCAUGGAGUCACGCCUGCAAAAGCUUUGGGAGAGGCUGCCUCAGGAGACCCGGGACAGCUAUGGAGAGGAGUACUUCCGCAUCUAUACCGACAAAUUGAAAAACGUGACUCAGUUGGCAGAGCCCAGAGUCAGAGAUGUCAUCAACAGCAUGGAGCAUGCUGUUGUUUCCCGGAGCCCUCGCAUCCGCUACAACCCUGGCCUGGAUGCCAAGCUCCUCUACCUCCCUCUGGCUAAGCUGCCCACCCCUGUGACAGAUUUCAUCCUUAGCCGGUACCUUCCAAGGCCAGCAGACAGUGUCUAAACUGCGGGGGCUCAAGAGGUCAGUGGAGCGUAAAAGAGGGGAUAGAAGGACUUUAGGGUCACAAACGGUGGUAUCAGAUAUCCUGGGGGCAUUGGCUGCAAAGGACACUUGGCUCAGCUGACACCCACUGCUGUCAAAUUUACCAGUAACUUCUAACGGAAGAUGAAUGCCUCUUCCCACCCUCUGGGGCCCCACAGAAACCUGAGGUGGCCUUUGCAGGUUCGGUGAUCUGUAGCAAUGGCUCCAAGGACAUCUGCCACCCAGUCAGGAUAUGGCUUCUUCUGGUCCUGGAAAAGUCAUGGAGAAAACCAGCUCCUGCUGAAUCAUGAGCCCUUUCAGUUGUCCCUGCCACUGAGAAAUACUGUGGGAUAAUCUAGCCCCCGGGAGAAUCUAACCACCUUCCUACUGAGUCCCUUAAUAUGCACAACUUCAUUCACAUAACCCAUUACUGAAGUACAUAGUGGGGGCAGAUAGGGAGUGCAAGAUUAAAUCAGACAAAAGUUUAAAAUAUUUUCUCUCUUUUUAGAUUCUUCUAUCUAUAGGUGAUUGGGAUCCACAUGAAAUAACAUUCAUUUGUUUAAUCAUCACUGAGUAAUUUUUCAAAUAUUUAUUGAAUGCCUACUGCCUACCAGGCACUUUGUAGGUGCUGGGGGAAUAUAAAGAUGAUUAAACCAUGGUCUUGGUUUUUUAUUGUUUA